CGCACCGCCUUCGCUGACAUCAUGGUCCAGUGCCUGGUUGGAUUUACUUUUGGCAACCUGGUUGGAAUGUGUCUGGCUCAAAAUUAUGACAUGCCAAACCUGGUUAAAAAACUUGAAAUUAAAAAGGACAUGGAUGCCAAGAAGAAACCCCCUAGUUCAUGAGGCCAACUCCAGCACUGGUUCCAGGAAAUCCUGACUCUCCUCAUCCCUAGGGCCUCCUUCACACCCGAACCACAGCUUCUGCCUUCUAUCCAGUCUCAGUCUUCGCUUCGAGCACAAAUGGGGCCACAAGUUAAGAACUGCGCUUACUUUCCCAACAUCCUCACCUCUUCCCUUCUUCCUAGCAGCUUGGGAGGUCCUCAGACUGGAAUUAUGGUGCUAGAUUAGUAAACAUGACCUUUAAUUAGUAGUCUCCCUCUUAUUCUCUGGGAUUUUUUACUGCCUUUUUCAAAAGAAAAAUUAACGAGUUUUGGAUAGCUGAUCAGAUAUAAAUAAUGCUGACUUCAUUGGUUAGCAAUUAUAAUGAGUGUUUAAACAUUUGGUACUAAAGUAUGUUAUUUCAAGGUCACUAAAAUUAAAAUCUAGAAGCCAGUUUCUGGUGAAUUAUCUAUUUAUUUUAUACUGUUCUCAAUAUAACUGGCAUAUAUAAUUCCAUAGUUGCUAAUUUAACCAAUAAAUCAAUUUGCUACUCAUCAACUGAGAAACUAUAUUCUGAGAACUCCAUCAGGAAUUG